UUUGUUGAAGUUGUAUUUCACAAAUGCUCUGGUUCUUAGACACAGGUGUCACACAUGAGCACUGGCUCCCUGACACAGGUGUCACACAUGAGCAUUGGCUCCCUGACACAGGUGUCACACAAGAGCACUGGCUCCCUGACACAGGUGUCACACAAGAGCACUGGCUCCCUGACACAGGUAUCACACAAGAGCAUUGGCUUCCUAACACAGGUAUCACACAAGAGCACUGGCUCCCUGACACAGGUGUCACACAAGAGCACUGGCUUCCUGACACAGGUGUCAUACAAGAGCAUUGGCUCCCUGACACAGGUGUCACACAAGAGCACUGGCUCCCUGACACAGGUAUCACACAAGAGCACUGGCUUCCUGACACAGGUAUCACACAAGAGCACUGGCUUCCUGACACAGGUGUCAUACAAGAGCAUUGGCUUCCUGACACAGGUGUCAUACAAGAGCAUUGGCUCCCUUACACAGGUGCCACACAUGAGCACUAAUAUUUGA